UCCUCAUCUGUUCUUCACUGUGGAGGAAGGGACAGAGAAAGAGAGAGUUUUUCACAAGUAAGCUGCUAGCAGUCUGCCAGGGGAGAGCAUCGGAGGAGCCAGCGAGCAGGUUGUGCACCCUGGGAUUGUGGAAUCUAAAAAAGCUCAAAGGGGAACUCAGAGCCAAAGGUGUCUGGGAACCAGGAGCUGCACAGGUGCAGAAGAAGAGAAGGGACCACAUUGCGUGUGGAGAAGAGUGACAGUUUUUCGUUUUCCGCCAGUAACAUCCCCUAGCAACCGUCGCCAUGGCAGCUGAGAAAGCUGAAAUGGACAAACUGAAAAAGGAGUGCGAUGGCCUCCGUGCACAGAUUGAGGCGGCCCGCAAGGCUGUGAAUGACAGCAGCAUGACAGGAGCAGCAGGGGGCGUGGCCUCAGUGGGCCGAAUCCAGCUGAAGCUCAGGAAGACACUCAAGGGUCACCUGGCUAAAAUCUAUUCCAUGCACUGGUCAGCUGACUCCAGGCAAAUGGUCAGUGCAUCACAGGAUGGCAAACUUCUCGUCUGGGACUGCUUCACAGGGAACAAGUUGGUUGCUGUCCCCCUAAAGUCAGCUUGGGUGAUGAGCGUCGCUUUCGCCCCCUCUGGUAACCUGGUGGCCAGCGGUGGUCUGGAUAACAUGUGCACAGUGUACAACAUCAAGUCCACCAGCCCCAAGACCCUCAGGGAGCUGGACGCACACACAGGUUACCUGUCUUGCUGCCGUUUCCUCAGCGACACUGAGAUCCUGACAGCAUCCGGCGACACCACCUGCUGUCUGUGGGACCUGGAGACUGGCAAGCAGAAGAUCAUCUUCACCAACCACAUUGGCGACUGCAUGUCCCUGGCUCUCUCCACCGACCAGAACACCUUCAUCUCUGGAGCCUGUGACUCUCUGGCCAAGCUGUGGGACCUGAGGGAAGGGGCGUGCAAGCAGACCUUCUCCGGACACACCAGCGACAUCAACGCCAUACAGUUCUUCCCCAACGGAAAUGCCAUCAUCACAGGCUCCGAUGACUGCUGCUGCAAGAUGUACGACCUGCGCUCCGACCAGGAGGUGAGCAACUACCAGGACUCCAGCCUGAACGCCGGCGUCACGUCUCUGGCUCUCUCCAGCUCAGGGCGCCUUAUCUUUGCUGGCUAUGAUGACUUUAACUGCCACAUCUGGGACUCACUGAAGGGAGAGAAAGUUGGUGUGCUGUCCGGCCACGACAACAGGGUGAGCUGCACCGGCGUCCCCGGUGAUGGCAUGGGUGUCUGCACAGGAUCCUGGGACAGCUUCCUCAAACUGUGGAACUGAGGCACCCCGACGGAGGAAAACACCGGGAGAGGGAGAGCAGGAGGAGGCGGAGAGGAAGAGGAGGAAAGGGGGAGGAAAAGGUUGAAGAUAGGGAGGAGAAGAGUAGAGGGAAAGGGGGACCAGUGAGGUUGUUGGAUGUUGGAGCACAGAUCUUCCUCUCUUUCUCUCUGCCUCUCUGCUUCUUCCUCAUUCACGUAUGCAAAAUAUGAGCGUUUGCGAAUGAGUCAGGUUGUAUAAAUGGCAUCAGGUAAACAGUGCACGAUGCUUCCCGCUGCACGUACAAGAGAGUUUUAUUGUUGUCGAGGCGAUUUAAAUGCUGAAAAAUUAAAAACAUAGCACAUUAUUCAAAAUGUCGAUUAAACACAUAUAGAUUUUUGACAAUAAAGAAAAAGAAAGAACACGUGAAUAUUGAAAAUAAGACUGUAGGCUUACAGAUUUAUUUUUAUUGUAUUUGGCCUGUAAAAGAGCCCUGCACUUAUUUAGAUGAAAGAUUAUGUAAAUUUAUUUGUAUUUUAUAGUUUAACACAUUAGGACGGAGAGUUGAUGUACAGCGUCUAUUUUUUUUUUCCCCCACUGCACAUAUGCAGAGUAUAUGUGUUCAGUAGAGCUGCCAUCUUGGGUCCCCUGCUUACAAUCAGCAGACUUUGAUCCAAGAUGGCUGCUGCCGUUUCCAGGUUUAAAGGUGGAGCCAGGCAGGCGGUCUGAGCUGGGAAACACUCUGUAAAGACCUGUAAAGUUUAUUUUACUCCCCUGGGUUCAGCUGCAUUUUGUAGUACUUUUACACUCGUGCAGUCCCUCUGUAAAAAGACGAAAUGUUUGUUGAAAAUCUUUCUAAUAAACAUAGAAUUCUGCAUUAA